AGCCCUGCCCACGGGGCGGCCGGCGGGCUCUACCUGCAGCCGGCGGCCCGCGCUCCGCUCCCGCUCCUCGGCGGCUGCGGUCGGUGGCUCUUGGGCCGGCGGGUCUGCGUAAAGCAGUAGGUGGCUGGGCAAUUGGUAUACACAGAAUUCUUCGCUAGCCGUUACGUGAACAAGAAACAAGAGGAAAAUUGUGGAAAAGAACUGCAGAUGUUGUCGUGGAUGGAGAAAAGAAUUUAGAGGACAACAGUUACAAAGCUUGGUUACUUACAGAUCUGUUUUAUAGGGGAAAAAUGAACGUAGGAGUUGCCCACAGUGAGGUAAAUCCAAACACGCGGGUGAUGAACAGUCGUGGAAUGUGGCUGACAUAUGCGCUCGGAGUCGGCAUGCUGCACAUUGUCUUGCUCAGCAUUCCUUUCUUUAGUGUCCCUGUUGCCUGGACUUUAACAAAUGUGAUUCACAACCUGGGAAUGUAUGUGUUUUUGCAUGCAGUAAAGGGAACUCCUUUUGAAACACCUGAUCAGGGGAAAGCUAGGCUACUAACACACUGGGAACAACUGGACUAUGGAGUACAGUUUACAUCUUCAAGAAAAUUCUUCACAAUCUCUCCUAUAAUUCUGUACUUCCUGGCGAGUUUCUACACAAAGUAUGAUCCAACACACUUUAUCCUCAACACCACCUCUCUCCUGACCGUGCUUAUCCCCAAGCUGCCACAGUUGCAUGGCGUUCGAAUCUUUGGCAUCAAUAAAUAUUAAGCAGAAGGUUUGAUGCUGACCACCCCGACAUGGCUACUGCUGCUCCCCAGGUGAAGAAAAUGAGUAGUCCACUGUGCCAUGUAUCUAAUCGUAUUCAAUGAGGGAUGCUUUUACAUCUGAGAUACAGUUCCUACUUCCUGCAGCAGCAUCUGAGAUGAAAGUUGAAUUUAUAAGAUGUCUUGAAAUACUUAAAUGUGAAUUGGAAACCUCUAUAAGAAAGAUUUCCAUGAAGAACUGGGCAGGCCCAGCUCUAAAGCAUAAUCCCCGCUAAGACUGUAUAUAUGCCUGGCUGAUGCAAGUGACUUGUAAAGAAGGUGCGAGUAACAGCUGAAACGGGGAGCAGUGUUUCACAAAUACCCAGCCAACCAUAAUGCAAAUGGUAACUUUACAUAUAAAUCCAGGGUCCUUGAUGCCAAGGACUGGUGAGGCCGCAUUCUUAGGUUAAGUGAAAGUAGCUAGUUUCUGCUGUGUGGAUUGUAGGUGGUUGUGCUUGUUAUUGCAUUGUAAAAGUUUGUCUCACAGUAAAUACUGUGACAGCUAGCAUAAACUGAUGGUGUAAUUCAUGCCUUAUCUGUUCUUGUGAUUUUUUUUUUUGUCACAAAGACCGAAGAAAGUCCUUAACUGUCAGCUCAGGGGAUUUCUACAUCAACUUGAUAGCUCAGUUUAUGUAUGCUUUUACAAGUUGCCACUGUUGUGUUUAUUUCAUUUUGCUCACCAGAAUACUGACUUUUCUAUGUGUAAAAGGGACAACCUGAAAAAUUGAAAUUUCUUUUAAGGUGUGGAUUUUUUACUGUUUUCUCUGAUACUUGGCUGAUGGGUUAUUUUUCAGUAGUUGAGAGGCCUGUAAUGAUGGGGGAAAGGGUUGCUGCUGUUGUAGGAGAAACAGCUCCAUUACAGAGCAAGUGUCAGAACACAAAAGAGAAGGUCUGUAUAGGUCGUAAUUAUAGAAUAGAAGCUGGGCUAGAAGUAGGUGAAUAGGCAAAUCACAUGGACUAACUGUAUGCUUUUGCAGAAAAAGGUGUGGAUAAUUUGCAUGUCUUGGAAAUGUGGAGGAAUACUGUGUUUUAGGUGUACUGUGUAGUACGGAGCGAUCUUGUAUAUUACCGGGUCUGGAACUAGAGGGAGGGAGGUACAUCUAGAGCUCUGAGCACUUAUUUCUCUGUCUUGGAAAAAGGUUUAAUUUUGAAGUCUGCCAGCCAAAACCGGCUCAGAUUUAACAGAAGACUCCAUUUAAGACUUGAUUUACACUUUGGUUGCAGCGACAGCUAGUGAGCUGG